UUUCAGGUUGUUUGCAAAACAAUUUAUAAAAUGGGCUGGGGGCUAGAAGUUUUUAAAAUGGGACUAUAUGUGUCUUUCCCAGUUGCUAUGUUCCAUUACUUCAAUAGCCCAGGUAACAUUGAAGAAGAUAUUCUCAAAGCUCGCCACGAUUAUAUUACCAAAUACAUUGGAACUGAAGUUUGGGAGCAGAGGAAUGAGGAGAUUAGAGAGAAAAAGAGAAAAGAACUAGAAGAAAGGGAUAGAAGAAUGCGUGAAAAACUCCAAUAAAAAUGUAGUUUUAAGAAUAUAAAUAUCAGACUGGCGUAACUUAGCUUUUGAGGCAUAUGCAUUUCAAAUGUUAGUAUUAUCUUUAAUAAAUCAAAGUUGUAGAUAUACUAUGUCGUGUUCAACUCAUGGUUUACACUAAUUGAAUUCUGUAGUUUUAUGAGAAUAUAUUAUUACUUCGAUUCUAAA